AUGCCGGCCUCACCAAGCGGCUGCUCCGUCGUCUACAACCGCCGCAAGCCCAACAACCCGAAGCGCGUGAUCGACGUGCUCAAGAACGCCAAUGGCGUCGCCGUCGCGCUGCCGUCGUGGGUCCCCGGCGCGGCGCUCGUGGGCGCGCCUCCUUCAGCGGACGGGUCGUGGAGCAACGUGGAUUUCAUCUGGAAGGGCGGAGCGAAGACCCCUGCGAUGGUUUCCAUGGAUUAUGGGUUCAUCCGCAAGUCGCUCACUGGCGUGACUGGCGGGAAGAUCGCCAAGGCGUUCAUGCAGUUCAUGAUUGUGAAGCUGGCCAAGGGUGGGUAUGGGUUCAAUGCGGUGCCUGCUGGUGGGAGGAACCCGUCCAUUGCUAUGGUGAAUGCCAUUGCUGCGUAG